GCCAGUACGGGUAAAAAUUGGAUAUUGCACCUUGGAGCAUAAUCUCAUUAUGGACUUAUUUAAUGCUGCUUUUGGGGAAAAUAUUACUUUUGUGCGCCCCCCAUAUUUUAUAAUAAGUGGAUUUAUUGGCUCACCAUAUAUGAAAUAUUACUAUGUCUUUCUCUUUUUUCUCUUUGUCAUGUCAGUGCUUGGAAACACAGCUGUAAUGACUGUAAUAUCUCUUGAUCAUAAUCUAAAAACUCCAAAGUAUGUUGCUGUUUUUAACCUUGCAUUUGUGGACCUGUUAGGUAGCUGUGCUCUGGUACCAAAGCUGCUUGACAUCUUUUUGUUCAAUCACUAUUAUGUCGCCUACAAUGACUGCUUGACAUUCUUGUUUUUCUGUUACACUUUCCUCUCGAUGCAGUCUCUUAAUCUAGUUGCUCUUUCCUAUGAUCGACUAAUUGCCAUCAUGUUUCCUCUGCACUAUCAUGUAAAGGUUACUCAUAAGAUUAUGUUUUCUUUGAUUACCUUCUUCUGGAUCUUAGUUAUAAUUGCUAUUUUAUUUGCUGUUGGUUUUCUCACAAGACUCUCUUUCUGUAAGUCUCUGGUUAUUAACAGCUAUUUUUGUGACCAUGGUCAGAUAUAUAAACUUGCUUGCAAUGAUAAUUUCCCCAAUUCAGUCCUUGGUACAUUGUUGCCAGUGCUUUUUCUGUGGCUCCCUUUUUCAUUCAUCGUGUCUAGUUACAUUUGUAUUGGCUGUGUUUUAGCUAAAGUUGCCACAGCUCAGGAGAGAGCAAAAACCUUUAAAACCUGCACCGCUCAUCUCUCCUUGGUGGUAAUUUAUUUCAUCCCGAUAAUAAUCACAUUCACUAUAGGUGCAAGGAUACAUCCAAAUGCCAGGAUCAUAAACUUGUCCUUGACCUCUGUGUUUCCACCCAUGUUGAACCCAAUAAUUUAUGUUUUACAGACACAAGAGAUAAAAAUUUCACUCAAGAAAUUAUUAAAAAUCAGGAGAGAAUGCAAAGUUAUAGGAAAAUAGGACCUGUUUCAACCAAAACACCAAUAAAUAAAUAAAAAAUGUUUUUGUUUUUUGUUUCGCAUUGUCAUUAAUCUUUUAUAGUUGUAGAUAGAAUAUAAAAA